AUGAGCUCCAAUAAGUUAGCACCAGCUUAUUCUGUACUAGCGGUUGCCAAUGGCGAAAAUGGCAACAUACGUCAUCAGGCCUACGCCAUGGCUCACUGUAAUGAUUUCGAAUCAGGAAGACAUAGAGAGAUGGGCUGGAGAGGAAUUUUGGGAUUUGAGUAUGGCAUAGUUCAGGCGUCAUUAGGGCCCGAUAUAUUUGGCCCUCAGCUCGUUGCAGUUGUUACCAAUGCUGUAGGGCUUGGUCUUCUCAGUGAGUGUGAUUUAGCAUUGCCUGGUCAUGGAAUGCAAGGUUCUUCAAUCCUUGGGACUGUUGCCCGGAGUUCCUCCUCGACCUUGAGGUGGGCCUGCGCGCACCUUGAGGGUAGCCGGACGAAUUUGCCUUCGCCUGAUGGUGGGCCCACAGGCUCUGCUACUCAACCGCAUAAUUCGGGCUUCCACUCCACCAUUACAGUCCUCAAUCGGGACUAUGAAUUUGGGUUUCUUUCCUGGGUUUAG